CUAUUUAAUUGUAAUUCACCGAUACGCUCGUUGUCAGGGUUCACCCUACGUGAUUUCUUGUGUUGAGCGUUUAUGGACGGACGUCUGUGGUGCUCAUUUUAUAAUUUCAUUUGUUGAUAAUUGCGAGCUCACGUUUCGUGUCAACUUAGACUUAAAAAAUGCGUUACGUGGCCGCAUAUUUGCUAAGUUCCCUUAGUGGAAAAGAACCAUCUAAAGAUGAUAUCGAGAAGAUUUUAAGUUCAGUUGGUAUUGAAUCUGAUUCUGAAAAACUUAGCAUUGUCCUUAAAGAAUUGAAGGGCAAGAAUGUUGAUGAACUUAUUGAAAGUGGCAAAGCUAAAUUAGCCAGCGUACCAAGUGGAGCAGCCGUCGCUGCUCCUGCUGCUGCAGCAGCUGGUAGUGCAGCACCUGCAGCCGCUGAUGAUAAGAAAGCUGCCAAGAAAGAAGAAAAAGCUGAAGAAUCUGAUGCAUCUGAUGAUGAUAUGGGCUUUGGAUUGUUCAACUAAGACUAUUCUGUUUUUCUUCAUUGACACUAAGUAUUUUGUAUAUUAAAAGUUGAUGGUUCAAUAAAACAACAUACAAUCAAAAAA